CGUAAUCUAUGGUUUAUAUGAUUAUACAGCAGAUUUUGUUCGUUCUUUGUAAUUAUUGCGAUAUCUUUCCAAAGUUACUUAUUCAAUAUCAAUUUAAUAAUUAAAAUUAGGUAAAAUGGUCUUAGAAAGUACUAUGAUCUGUGUCGAUAAUAGUGAUUAUAUGAGAAAUGGAGAUUUUCUACCAACGAGACUGCAGGCGCAACAAGACGCUGUAAACUUGGUAUGUCACUCCAAAACUCGUUCAAAUCCUGAAAAUAAUGUUGGUUUGCUGACAUUGGCUAAUGUAGAAGUUUUAGCCACUUUAACUAGUGAUGUUGGUCGUAUAUUAUCAAAGCUACACCGCGUACAGCCCAAUGGAAAUAUUAACCUUCUAACUGGAAUAAGAAUCGCUCACUUGGCACUGAAGCAUCGUCAAGGGAAGAACCAUAAAAUGCGUAUAGUAGUAUUUGUGGGUUCCCCUGUUAACACCGAUGAGAAGGAACUAGUCAAACUCGCUAAGAAAUUAAAGAAAGAGAAAGUCAAUUGUGAUGUUGUUUCUUUUGGUGAGGAUUCUGACAAUAAUCCUCUCUUGACAACAUUUAUUAAUACAUUAAAUGGUAAAGAUAACACAUCUGGAGGUAGUCAUCUAGUGUCUGUUCCAGCUGGAGGGUGUAUAGUUCUUUCCGAAGCUCUCAUAACAAGUCCAUUAAUAGGUGGUGAUGGGGCUGGUCCGUCUGGCUCAGGCUUAUCACCAUUUGAAUUUGGUGUUGAUCCUAAUGAAGAUCCUGAACUUGCACUAGCCCUUCGAGUGUCUAUGGAAGAACAAAGGCAACGCCAGGAAGAGGAAUCGCGGCGCCAACAGACCAGCACUGAAGGUGAGGCUGGAAAGACCACAGAAACACAAAACACUGGUAUGGAGCGGGCUCUUGCCAUGUCACUAGGCCGUGAAGCCAUGGAAUUAUCUGAGGAAGAACAGAUUGCUCUAGCUAUGCAAAUGAGCAUGCAGCAAGAUGCUCCACAAACUGAAGAGAGCAUGGACGCUGAAGAGUAUGGUGAAGUAAUGAAUGAUCCAGCAUUCCUUCAAAGUGUACUUGAGAACCUACCUGGAGUGGAUCCCCAAAGUGAGGCCAUUAGAAAUGCUAUGUCAACCAUCCAAAAAGAUAAAGGUGACAAGGAUGAUAAAGAUCAGAAGGAUAAGGAUGGCAAAGGAUCAGGUUCCAAGGAGUAGUGAAAAAAUAUUAUUCAAUUUUUUUUUUUAUUGAUACAUUAUGCUCCUAAACUUUAACAUUAGACACAACAGCAGUGUUACUUUAAUUUUAAAUUUAUAAUAAAUAAUAUACAAAACUUUA